AUGCCUGCGAAGCUGCCUUCCAACUACCCCUCCGACUCAGAGGCGGCUAUUGAUUCCAGAGACCUCCAGACCGAGUCUGGCUAUGUCAGUGGAGAUUCGAGUGAUGUUUAUACGCCAGAGAUCAUUUUCACGAAGACGCACCUGCAGUUUCUGAACAGACAACUCCAGUUCCUCGAGCCUCAAGAAAUCUUGAGAUGGUGCAUCACUUCCCUUCCUCACCUCUUCCAGACCACGGCCUUUGGGCUGACUGGUCUGGUCACCCUCGACAUGCUCUCCAAGCUCAAGGUGCCUCGCCCACAGAUGGUCGAUCUGAUCUUCCUGGACACUCUGCACCACUUCCCAGAAACCUUGGCUCUUGUUGACCGUGUCCGCAAGAGGUAUCCUCUCAACAACAUCCACAUCUACAAGCCUGCCGGCGUCGAGAGUGAAGAGGAGUUCUCCAAGAAGUAUGGAGCCAAGUUGUGGGAGACUGAUGACCAGUUCUACGACUGGGUUGCCAAGGUUGAACCAGCCCAGCGCGCCUACCGUGAACUCAACGUUCAUGCUGUCCUCACUGGACGCCGCCGCAGUCAGGGUGGCAAGCGUGGUGAUCUCGAUGUGAUUGAGGUCGACGAGGCUGGUCUGAUCAAGGUCAACCCUCUAGCCAACUGGAACUUUGAGCAAGUUAAGCAGUAUGUCCAGGAGAACGAUGUUCCCUACAAUGAACUGCUGGACCGUGGCUACAAGAGCAUCGGUGACUGGCACUCCACCCAGCCCGUCAAGGAGAACGAAGAUGAGAGAUCCGGUCGCUGGAAGGGUCAGGCCAAGACCGAGUGUGGCAUCCACAACCCUCGCUCCAAGUACGCCCAAUAUCUGAUGGAAUUGGAGCGUCAGCGGCAGGAGGAGGCUUUAUCGCAGGCGCUGCAGACUCAGCUCGCCGUCGGUUCGGAGUAG